UCUUCUCUAAGCAAUAUAAACAAGGAACAGCUUUGCACAUGAUUCUUUAAAUCGUAUUUUGACUCUGGACGUCUAUGGUAGUGUCACUCAGGCGUGUUUAAACUCAAGAUGGAACCUACAAGUUGCAAGAAGUGUGGCUCACAGAUCAAUGUCAAGAAAUGUACACGAUGUCUAAUUGUCAGUUACUGCAGUCGACAAUGUCAGGGUGACGACUACACCAACCAUAGAGAUAUUUGUGUUCUAUUUGCUGAAUUCAAUGCUGCCAAGAACAGAUUAACAGAACAACAAAGGAAGUUACUCCUGGAGAAUCCUUGGUACAUGGGACACAGUUACUUCAUAGAGAGCUUACCUGACAGUUUUAGAUUUAAAAUGCUGGGACAACGUAUUGUGGUCAUUCUGAAAAUUAUUUCCAACAUGCAGUCAGACGAGGAAGGAUUCCGAUUCGUCAACGUCUCGGAUGUCACGAAUAAAGUCACGACACUUCGGUUCAGACUUCAAGACUCAGACGAGGUGGACUCUUUAAAGUACAAACUUAGAGUGGGUACAUUUGUUGCGAUUGUGCAGGCCAGAUUGUCGGUUUAUUCUUACACGGACAAAGCAUCGGAGAUUGUCAUUGAGAAUUUGAAACAAGUUGAAUUCAUAAGAGGAACUUGAAAGACAGAUAGUAAUCAUUUUAGAAGAAUCUUGAAAUCUGAAAUACAAAUAAAGACUAUAAAUAUUUAGUAUAUCAUACCAAGAUGCAGGCAACAGAAGCGUUUCUCAAACUGAAGUAUGCAGUACAGGUUUAGGCCAGAUCUUUGAUGAAGAGCUAGAUCUAUAUACACGUAUGAAGAAAAAAACGAUCGAUCAUAGAUAUUGAUCUAAGAAAAAAGGAAAUUGAUGUGUUUUCAACUUUAUGCACUUUUGUUUAAAUUAUUGAUGAUAAUACGGGUCAAGGUUUAAAUCAAAAUUUUAAAAAAAAGUUUAUUUUCUCACUGAAGGCAAAAGUUGAUUGGUCGGCCAACUCGUCAUCCAAAUGUAAACAAUACACAUUUUUUUUUCUUUUUAAAA